AUGAAUAAAGCAAGUAAAUUGACGAAAAUUACAAAGAACUCUGCAACUCAAGUGAACGAGGUUACUAACAGACUACUAAAAGGCUUACAAUUCAAAGGCCCGGACACAGUUCAAAAUAAAUACAAUAUUUUAGAACAAACUAUACAAGAAGCUAUAAAAGAAAUAUGUACGGAAACGAAACAGGAGCGGAGACAUAAAUACUCGGACGAGACAAAUAGAUUUAUAGAACUAAAGCUGCAAUUAAAACAUAAACAAAAUAAAUCAAGAGCUGAAAAAAACAGAUUGAAGGCCAUAAAUAAACGAAUAAAAAAACUGAUCAAAAGAGACCUAGAACAACAAAAGAUGGAAGAAAUAGAGAAAGUGCUUACCAAUGUUUGUGGCAUAAAAAAGGCGGAGAGAAUUAUAUCAAUUGGAAAAGAAAUGAUACCGAACUUAACAAAUACGACGGGCAAAAUAGAGAGCAGAAAGGACAUAGUUACUACAGCAACCAAGUUUUUUAAACACCUAUAUUCUACAGAAAACUUUGAUCCCGCCAUAUAUAACAGAAAAGACUGCGAAACACCGAAACCGUUCCUUGUAGAUGAAAUUUCCUCAGCUAUCGCGAAAUUAAAAUCUGAAAAAGCAAUGGGCCCAGAUGGAAUAAACAACGAAAUAUUGAAAUAUUCAAGUUACGAACUACACAACGCUAUCACUUUAGUUUUCAAUAAAAUAUUAGAAGAAGAAAUUACACCAGAACAAUGGAACAUCUCUAAAAUUACCAUACUGCAUAAAAAGGGAAAGAAAGAUAAUUUGGACAACUACAGGCCCAUUAGUAUAUCAUCAUGUAUGUACAAACUAUUUAUGACAAUAUUAAGACGAAGAAUAGAAAGAACUCUAGAAGAACAACAGCCGGUGGAACAAGCGGGAUUUAGAUCGUCAUUUAGCACAAUCGAUCACCUUCACAGCUUAAACAGAGUGGGUGCCCAGAUAUAG